UCAACCGGCGGGAGUUUUUCAAAAUGGGAGCGCGGAGGCGCCGCCCAGGCCUCGGAAGGCGCCCGGGAGACCUUUCGGUGGCUGUGCUGUCGUCGCCAGGAGCGGCGGCCUAGAGAGCCGAGCCUGAUGGGCGCCAAGAACUGCUGGUUGCUUGGAGCGUUGCCUCGAAGGGACCGCAAGAAGGGCGCUGAUCCCGGGAGCCCAGGCCGUGGCCUGGAAAUAUGGCGACUUGCAUCGGGGAGAAGAUCGAGGAUUUUAAAGUUGGAAAUCUGCUUGGUAAAGGAUCAUUUGCUGGUGUCUACAGAGCUGAGUCCAUUCACACUGGUUUGGAAGUUGCAAUCAAAAUGAUAGAUAAGAAAGCCAUGUACAAAGCUGGAAUGGUACAGAGAGUCCAAAAUGAGGUGAAAAUACAUUGCCAAUUGAAACAUCCUUCUAUCUUGGAGCUGUAUAACUAUUUUGAAGAUAGCAAUUAUGUGUACUUAGUAUUAGAAAUGUGCCAUAAUGGAGAAAUGAACAGGUAUCUAAAGAACAGAAGGAAACCAUUCUCAGAAAAUGAAGCUCGACACUUCAUGCACCAGAUCAUCACAGGAAUGUUGUAUCUCCAUUCUCAUGGAAUACUACACCGGGACCUCACACUUUCUAAUCUCUUACUUACGCGUAAUAUGAACAUCAAGAUUGCCGAUUUUGGGCUGGCAACUCAAUUGAAAAUGCCACAUGAAAAGCACUAUACGUUAUGUGGAACUCCUAAUUACAUUUCACCAGAAAUUGCAACUCGAAGUGCACAUGGACUUGAAUCUGACAUUUGGUCAUUGGGCUGUAUGUUUUAUACAUUACUUAUUGGGAGACCACCUUUUGACACUGACACAGUCAAGAAUACAUUGAAUAAAGUAGUAUUGGCAGAUUAUGAAAUGCCAACUUUUUUGUCAGGAGAGGCCAAGGACCUUAUUCACCAGUUACUUCGUAGAAACCCAGCAGAUCGUUUAAGUCUGUCUUCAGUAUUAGACCAUCCUUUUAUGUCCCGAAAUUCUUCAACAAAAAGUAAGGAUUUAGGAACUUCAGAAGAUUCAAUUGAUAGUGGACAUGCCACAAUUUCUACUGCAAUGACAGCUUCCUCCAGUACCAGUAUAAGUGGUAGUUUGUUUGACAGAAGAAGACUUUUGAUUGGCCAGCCUCUCCCAAAUAAAAUGACUGUAUUUCCAAAGAAUAAAAAUUCAAGUGAUUUUUCUUCUUCAGAAGAUGGAAGCAGUUUUUACACUCAUUGGGGAAAUCAAGAACAAGAAACCAUUAAUAGUGGAAGGGGAAGAGUAAUCCAUGAUGCAGAAGAAAGGCCACAUUCUCGAUACCUUCGUAGAGCCCAUUCCUCUGAUAGAUCUGGCACUUCUAAUAGUCAGUCUCGAGCAAACACAUGUACAAUGGAACGAUGUCACUCGGUAGAAAUGCUUUCAAAAUCCAAAAGAUCAGGAGGAGAUGAAAAUGAAGAAAGAUACUCACCCACAAAUAGCAAUGUCAAUAUUUUUCACUUUAAGGAAAAGAUAUCCAAUAGUUCUGGAUCUUUGGAAAGACCUGCUAACAAUCAAGCACUCUCAAAUCAUCUUUGUCCAGGAAAAACUCCUUUUCCAUUUCCAGACCAGACAUCUCAGCUUGAAGUGGUGCAACAGUGGUUUGGAAAUCUGCAAAAAAUUGCUCAUUUAAGAGAAACUACUGAGCACAAAAGCCUUAGCUCAAACAGAGAUUUCCAGGACCAUUCAGAUUUGCAAGACACGUCAAGAAAUGCCUGGACUGAUUUAAGAGGCAGAAAGAGCCCUGGGGUUUCUGAUAAUGCGCAUUCUGCAAAACAGCUGAAUACCAUGAAACAUAUAACUGCAUUUCCUAAUAAACCUGAGAUAAUUCCACAAGAAUCUACUUUUGGCUUAGAACCUGUUUCUGAACAAAGCAAGACGAAGGAUAUGGAGCCACCAUUGGGUUAUCAGAAACAUACAUUACGAAGCAUUACAUCUCCUUUGACAGCUUACAGAUUAAAACCAAUCAGACAGAAAACCAAAAAGGCUGUGGUGAGCAUACUUGAUUCAGAGGAGGUAUGUGUGGAGCUUCUAAAGGAGCAUUCAUGUCAGGAAUAUGUGAAAGAAGUUCUUCAUGUAUCUAGUGAUGGAAAUAUGAUCACUAUUUAUUAUCCAAAUGAUGGAAGAGGUUUCCCUCUUGCUGAUAGACCGCCUUCACCUACUGAUAAUAUCAGUAGGUACAGCUUUGACAAUUUACCAGAGAAGUACUGGCGAAAAUAUCAAUAUGCUUCCAGAUUUGUACAGCUUGUAAGAUCUAAAUCUCCAAAAAUCACUUAUUUUACAAAAUAUGCUAAAUGCAUCUUAAUGGAGAAUUCUCCUUGUGCUGAUUUUGAGGUUUGGUUUUAUGAUGGAACAAAGAUACAUAAAACAGAAGCUUUAAUUCAUGUGAUUGAAAAGACUGGAAAAUCUUUCACCUUAAAAGGUGAAAGUGAAGUUAAUAGCUUGAAAGAGAAAAUAAAAGUAUAUAUGGACCAUGCUAAUGAGGGCCAUCGUAUUUGUUUAGCACUGGAAUCCAUAAUUUCAGAAGAGGAAAAGAAAAGUGGAAGUGCUCCCUUUUUCCCAAUAAUUAUAGGAAGAAAACCUAGUAGUACUAGUUCACCUCAGGGCUUGUCACCUCCUCCUAUGGAUCCAAACUACCUGAUGAGUAAAAUGAUCGUAAAUAGUGCUGCUUCUCCGGAACAGGCACCAGCACUUAAUCCUUCUAUGGUUACAGAUGAAGGACUUGGCGGGCCUAUUGCAGCUUCUGGAACAAACAUCCAUUCUAGUAGUCUAAAAGAUUGUUUUCCUAAAUCAGCACAGCCUUUGAAAUCUGUUUUUGUGAAAAAUGUUGGUUGGGCUACACAGUUAACUAGUGGAGCUGUGUGGGUUCAGUUUAAUGAUGGGUCCCAGCUGGUCGUGCAGGCAGGAGUAUCUUCUAUCAGUUACACAUCACCGAACGGUCAGACAACUAGAUGGUUACAGAAGAAGGAGUUGUGAACAUUAGGGAAGAGGGAUCCCAGGACGUGACCAAACAGCCAGAAAAUUGGUUCUAAUAAAUCUAAUUGAAGCAUAGUCUUGCUAUGGGAGGUGGAGAAGAGUGAAAACAAUCUUAAAAUGUAAUCACAGGAUGAUUUCUGUCAGAUUAAGCCUUUUAUUACAGCCAAAGAAGUUGGAUUUAAGAAUACAACAAACCUCAGUAGCAAAAAACACAGAACAAUCCAAUUUAAAAAUGGGCUGAAGAUCUGAAAAGACAUUUGUCUAAGGAAGACGUACAAAUGGCCAACAGGUAUGUUAAAAGGUGCUCCACAUCACUAAUCCUCAUGGAAAUGCAAAUCAAAACCACAGUGGAGUAUCACCUCACACUUCUUUGUGUGUGUGUGUGUGUGUAUUAUUAUUCAGCUAUAAGAAAGGAGAUCCUGCCAUUCCUGAUGACAUGGAUGGACUCUGAGGGCAUAAUGCUAGCUAGGUAUGAUAUGAAUUUUAUGUGGAAUCUAAAGAGGUGAACUAUUAGAGGGAGAAAGUGGUAUGAUAGUUUCCAGGGUGUUGGGAUGGAGGAAACAGAGAUGUUGGUUAAAGAGUACAAACUUCCUGCUACAAAAUGAAUAAGUUCUGAGGAUCUGCGGUACAACAUUGUGAUUAUAGCUAAUAAUACUGUAUUAUAUACUUAAAUGUUGCUACGAGAGAUCUUAAAUGGUUUCACCACCAAAAGGAAAUGGUAAUUAUGUGAUGUGAUAGAGCAGUGGUUCUCAACCUUGGCUGCACAUUAGAAUCACCUGGGAAUC